AAAACCCCUCAGUUUACAAGCAGUGGCUGUCAGCGUGUAAAUCAGAUGGCGAUCACAGUUGUUAUUGAGGCAGACAGGAAAGUCUCCGUGUCAUGCGUAAGGCCAAGAUGAAGACUGUCGAUGAAGAGUGUCAAUCACCAGAAAUCGUGCAGGGAGCUGAUGAGAAAAACAUAGAAGAUAAGAAUGUUGCUGAUAAAACAAACUUGGUCGCUCAAGAGUCAGUUCCCCCUAUUCAGGCUGCGGUUCAUCAUUUCCAACCCAGCUACAGCGCUCAGAGUGGAGGCAGUGUGGUCGCUCCCACCAUUAUUGGUUGUAGAAUUGGUGGUAAUGUCAACAUCAUCGUCUCAGGCCAAGUUGCUUCCUCAGAAGAAAUAGUGGACACUACAGACUGCUGUGGCACUCUGCAGUCCCAAAAUGAUAAGAUUGCGGAAUGUCAAGUGAAACUGAAAGCCACUCUGAAAAGGAACUUCAGCCACUUGCCUGAAGGGAUGACAACUGAAUCAAACAGGAUACCUCUCGAUAAGAUCUACACAGAGCUCUACAUCACCAAGGGAGGAAGUGGCGAAGUCAACAAGGAGCAUGAGGUGAGACAGAUUGAGACGACAUCCAGGACACAUGAGGCCCAAGAGAAAUCAGUCCACUGCAAUCAACUCUUCGUUCCACAACAAGGCAGAGAACAUCCCGUAAGAACUGUGAUCACGAGGGGAGUCGCUGGCAUUGGAAAAACCGUAUUGGUCAAUAAAUUCACUCUGGACUGGGCUGAGGAGAUAACAAACACAAACCUGGAAUUUGUAUUCCCUCUCUCUUUCCGAGAGUUGAAUCUGAUGAGAAAGAGAAUCUUAAGUCUGGUGGAUCUUCUCAGCACCCUUUUCCCUGAAACAAAAGAUUCAGGAAUCUUUAUUAAUGAUAAAAAGAUGCUCUUCAUCCUGGAUGGUCUGGACGAGAGCCGCUUGUCUUUGGACUUCCAAAAAAGCGAAAUAAUGUCCGAUGUGACGCAGCCCACCACGAUUGCGGUGCUUCUGACCAACCUCAUCAGGGGAAGACUGCUUCCUUUUGCUCAUGUUUGGAUAACAUCUCGUCCAGUAGCCUCCAGUCAGAUCCCUCAAGAGCACAUUAAUCUGGUGACAGAGGUACGAGGGUUCAACAACCCCCAGAAAGACGAGUACUUCAGGAGGAAAAUCAGCGACGAGCACUUAGCAAACAGGGUGAUCGCACAUGUGAAAUCCUGCAGGAGUCUUCACAUCAUGUGCCACAUACCAGUCUUCUGCUGGAUGGCAGCAAGUGUUCUUGAGAGGAAGUUACAGACAACGGACAAUAAAGACACACCAAAGACCCUCACGCAGAUGUACAUACAGUUUGUGACCUUGUACGUGGAGAACAUGAAGAAGAGGCUGCCUGGAAGAAGAGAGUCAAACGCCGAGUGCAUAAGAGAUAACCUCAUCUCGUUGGGUAAACUGGCCUUCAAAGAGCUCGAGAAGGGCCACUUGAUCUUCUAUGAGAGCGACCUCAUCCUGAAUGGUAUAAAAGUCACACAGGCGUCCAUGUUCUCAGGAGUCUACACGCAGGUCUUCAAUGAAGAGCGGAUACUGUGCGAGGAGAAGAUGUUCUCCUUUGUGCAUCUAAGCGUCCAGGAAUUCUUUGCUGCGUUGUACGUCUACCUCACAUUCCACAACGACAACAUCAAUGUCCUGGUCAAGAAGUCCUCCACUUCAAGACGUUUCCUGUCAAGAGAUCCAUCAGAGCUCAUCCUCUACAAGGAAGCGGUAGAAAAGGCUUUGCGAUGCGAAAAUGGACACUUUGACAUCUUUCUGCGCUUCCUUUUGGGUCUGUCUCUGGAAUCCAAUCAAACUCUUUUGAAACAUCUCAUGACCAGCAACAGAACAAACCAAAGAACAAGAACAGAGAUCAUUAAACACAUAAAGGAGAAGAUCAGGGCAAGUCCAUUCCCAGACAGAUGCCUCAAUCUCUUUCACUGUCUGAAUGAGCUGAACGACCACUCUCUUGUGGAGGAGAUUCAGAGCUACCUCUGCUCGGGCAGUCUUAACAAAGCGAAACUUUCACCUGCCCAGUGGGCCUCUCUGGUGUUUGUGUUACUGACAUCAGAAGAAGAGAUAAGUAUGUUUGAACUGAGCAACUACACCAGGACAGAGGAAGGUCUUCGGAGGCUGCUGCCUGUCGUGAAAACAGCCCGAGUAGCAAAUCUAAAUGCGUGUAAUCUCACUGUGAACUGCUGUGAAAUCCUGGCCAAUUGCAUCAACUCAUCCCAGGUCAGAGAGCUGGACCUGGGUAACAACAACCUGACAGACGCAGGAAUAAAAUUGCUCUCUGGUGGACUGAAGAACAGCAAACUGGAGACACUCAGACUGAAGAGCUGCAGCCUGACAGAGCUCAGCUCCGAUGACCUGGCCUCGCUUAUCAGCUCAGCCUCCUCCGAGCUGAAAGUCCUGGACCUCUCCGACAAUGACUUUCUGGACACAGGAGUCAAAAAGCUCUCUGGUGGACUGGGGAGCCCUCACUGCAAACUGGAUAUACUUAUUUUGUCCCUGUGCAGAGUGACAGAGGAAGGCUGCACUUUCCUAGCAUCUGCUUUGAACUCAUCCCGUCUGAGAGAGCUCGACCUGAGCUACAACCACCUGGGACAUUCAGGCCUGCAGCUGCUGUCUGCUCUGCAGGAAGACCCACAAUGCAGCCUGCAGAAACUCAGUGUAGAACAGUGUGGUGAAUCCAGGAUCCAGCCAGGUCCAAAGAAAUACACCAGCAAACUCACUCUGGACCCAAACACAGCACACAGGGACCUUUCUCUGUCUGAGGGAAACAGGAAAGCAACGCGCUGGACCGAGCAGUCCUACCCUGAUCACCCGGACAGGUUUGAUUUCUGGAGACAGGUGUUGUGCAGGGAGGGACUGACUGGGCGCUGCUACUGGGAGACCGAAUGGAACGGGAGAGUUUUCAUAGGAGUCGCCUACAGAAGGAUGUGCAGAAAGGGAGAGGGUCACGACAGCUGGUUGGGCCAAAAUGACUCUUCUUGGGGGCUCAACUGCACCAAAGAUGGCUACAAUAGCUGGCACAAAGGCAUGAACACUGCUUUGAAGAUUGCACCAAACUCCUAUAAAGUAGGAGUCUACCUGGACUGGACAGCUGGUAGACUGUCCUUCUACAGGGUCUCCUGUGGCACACUGACCCUCCUUUACACCUUCCAAACCACCUUCACCAAGCCUGUGUACCCAGGGUUUCGGCUUGGCUGGGUGGACUCCACAGUGUACUUGUGCUAAACAUUACCUGGACAUCGUGACACGAAGGACAUGUAGCAUUUGUAGUAUUUUCUUUUCUUCUGCUCUGGGGUUAUUUCUUGGGGUUAUUUGCCCAAGUUUGAGAUGUCGGAUUUUCAGACUUUUGCCUCACCCUGUACUGGAUUUUUGAGGCCAACACAUGUAAGAGUUCCCUUAAAUUAGUUUGAAGUCACGCCAUGGCAAUGUCCAAGUCUUUGACGAUUAGACACCUUCGAGGUGGUAAGACUUAAGGAGGGUGACGAAUCCAUAGUCAAAUUUGCUGUUGCCCUCUUUGGGAGAGGUAAGCAACAUGGCUCUAGUGGUCAUUUCCAUGUUUUGGCGCUGUUAAGCUGUUUAUAAGUUCAUUUUAUGUUGACAUAAACCUGUGUUACUUAUUUUGUGUAGGGGUUUGAGUUCAUAUGGUUGUGUCUGAUGGAGGAUUUUGUUUUUACUGCUUGCUGUCAGGAAUAAAAGGAGAUCGCCUCCAAAGAUA